AUGGCCGCCUCUCACACCAACUCCCCCAACCGCAACUCCGCCUCGUCGUUCUCCUCCACUCACUCCAACCAGUCCAAUACAUCCACGCACUCUACCUCGUCGGAAAAACAGCAAUGCUAUCUAAUCUCAACCGCCUCCUUGGACUCGCACGCCGAUGCGCAAGUGGACUUGGAUGCUGAGACGUGGAAAGAGCCGUACACGAUCGAUGACGCGGACCUGACGUUUGACGGAAAGCCCUUGAACAUGCUGCACGAGGAGAAUCGUUACUAUGCAGAGCAUGGUUAUGGUGGUGAAAAGGAAGGCUCUCGCGGACGAAGUAGACGGAGCAAGAAGUGA